CAUUGUUUGUUUUAAACAAUAUUUCGUGGUCCGGAUGAGCACAUUGUUUGUUUUAAUCCGGGUCUUAACAUUUGUAAAGUGUCAUUGUCUUCGUGGAAUGUGAUUAACAAUUAUUUUCAACUUAAAAACAAAUCGAACUUUUUCAGAUCGCAUACACUUUGCGACACGAUUAAAAUAUCUAAAGACAAAAUUGAGCAUUGAGUUUGUUUAUAUUCAUUUACGGUGUACAAAUGUUAUAAUUACGGAUCGCAUUAUUCAUGGACUUACCGAUGCGUAUAGAGAUAAUACUCCGCUUCACAAUAAUAGUUUGGGCUAAUUAAUCGUGCUAACAUUUCCUAAUUCUAUUCUUAACAGCGUAAAGAAAAUAUAGCUAGAUAUUAUAGCGAAUGUGCAGUGAAUAGGAUUUUAUAUCAAUUUUAGAAAUACAGUUUGCAUGAUAAGAAACCGCACAAACAGAAAGGAGCAAAGGGUGGAUAGAUUUAGAUAAUCCGGAAGUUGAAACGAUGUUUCGGAAAUGUUGUUUGCUGUGCCCCAAAUCGGCGACGAUGGGACUGUUCCUGCUUGUUGUCCGACUAGCUUUCGUCAGGUCGGCUGACCCGGUCUACAGUCCGCAGACGAUUUCCGACGCCCAUGGGAACGCCGCUGGAAAUGAUUCCGUGAUUACUUGGGGAGCGCUCCCCGCUGGGGAGGCGUACUCCGCCGCCGCGGCCAAACGCAUCUCCGAGGGACUCAGUGUCUAUUAUGACAUGGUGCAUGGCUUUGUUAACGCCAUAUUCAUCAAGGGAUUCCCAGAUGAGAUUGUAGAGAAGCUGCUGACGCAAGAUCUGAAGUACAUCACUGACAACUACAGUACGUUCAUCACAUAUUUCAUUGGAUAUGCAAUAGCCGUGGCAGUCGGGCUGCUAUUUCUCCUGAUAUUUCCUAUCGUGGCCUUGUGCUUCUGCUGUUGUCGAUGCUGCGGUAAUUGUGGCGGGAAAAUGCGACAGGAACCGAAGGAUGCCGAAAACACGUGCAAGAAAACAACCUUCGUCAUGAUUGUCCUCAUCUGUUCUGCAUUUCUGGCUACUAGCGCGGCAUGUAUUUAUGUGAACAAUGAAAACAUGACAAAGACUUUGGCAGAAAUAAACGGUACCAUAAACGAUAAUGUGAAAGAUAUGAAGACAUUUGCCAAUAACACAAUUGCGGAAGCUGAACACGUGAUUGGAAUCAAUUUUAAUUUCACAAGAGAUGCACUCUUCCGCGAGAUGGAUAAUAUCGACUAUUUGGUUGGAAUUCCAAUUCGAGAAGAAAUCAAAUCGAAGACCAAUAUUUCGGAGGUUCUGAAUACGACCAACACGUUGGUAGCGUCCAUGAACUCCGCCGAUACAGCACUUUCGGCUGUUGAAUCAGCAAAGACCGCGCUCGAUACAUCCAUCACCGAUCUUAACACCGCUCUUAACAACUUCGAGUCUAACAUGAGGACCAUUGAAACCAACUGCAAUUGUCCUACACAAUUUCCACCUUAUGCCGUUUCCACGAACAUUAAUGGUUCACAGUUGCCAGACCUUACGAGCGCUAGAACGAGCAUGAAUAGUGCCAAGAAUGCUAAUUUGACACAAUCAAUAGCGGAGGCUGAGGCUGAGUUAGAUAAUAUUCCGCAGACAGUAAAGAAUGAAUCGAACUCGACAGUGGCAGACAUGAAAACGAGUAUCGGCGAUCUCAGUGAAGAACUAGACGACAUUCAAUCUCAAAUGGAGAACUUCCAGUUGAGCGGUCCAAAUGCUUCCAUUGACAUUGAUUCGUAUUUAAACCCUUUGGAUGAGUACAUCGAGCUGUUAACGAAAUACGACAAAUACAGGUGGUACGGUGGGAUAGGACUGGCAUCGGUUGUCGCUCUUGUGGUUGUCUUCUGUGUGUUAGGAAUAGUGUUUGGUUGCCUUGGAUCCGAUACUAAAACACCACCGUACGAGAGAGGAUGCAUGAGUCGAUGCGGUGGAUGCUUUCUGAUGACGGCGGCGGCGUUAAUCAUGAUAUUCUCGGCGUUGCUCAUGCUAUUAACGUUCCCGACGUUCAUGCUCGGGGCACCCAUACAGGAGGUUCUGUGUGAACCAUUGACCGACAUGGAUAAACUUGCAAAAUACGAAAAGAUGUACAGUGACUCUCAAGUAGGCGAGGGAAACUAUACCUUUGGAAAAAUGAUUCUUAACAACGCUACCAUCAACCUUACGCUUAAUGGUAUUCUCAGGAGCUGUAGAAACGGUGCCUCGGCAUUCAAUGCCUUUCAGCUGGGUAUGCUAAUCGACAUCGACGAUAAGCUAAACUAUUCGAAGACUGUCAACAUAACUGGCGAUAUAGACACUAUGGUCAUCGACAUGUCAACUGUACAAGUGUAUUCGACUGAUAUGAAGACCCAGCUUGCCGACUUGAAAGCUGCAGUUGGGGUCAAUUUCACACAAUUCUUUGAAGAGCUCGCAAAUAACCCAACAUCGGUCGACUUAGAUCAAAUGGCUACUAGCAUAGACACCGCAGCCGGGUCAAUACCAGAUCCUCAUGCAACAAAUCUGAGAGCGCAGGCAACUGAACUAAGACGAAUUAAAAGCCAGGAGUACGCAUAUCUUCAAGGGAAUGUGACAGCCCUUAAUAGCUCAGUCGCAAAUAUGGAAGCUGCUGUAUCGAAUAUGCCAACGCAGAUUGACAAGAUCGACACGGGUCUGAACUUCACACAAGAGUACAUAUCCAAGAACGUCAGUACGUUUGUAAAAAGUCAACUGCGAGUGUUUGCAGACAGAGUUGUUAACGUCAUUGAUUCCUUUGUCGAUUUCACAGACGACGCUGUGAAAAACAAACUAGGAAAAUGUGAACCAGUGUGGAACGUUUACAAUUCUCUCAUAGUGUACACAGUUUGCUAUAACUUCAUGGAUUGUUUUAACGGGUUCUGGUUUUCGCUCGGCUGGGCAGUGUUCUUCUUCCUCUUCGGCUUGAUAUUCUCCGUUAAGACGGCGAAGUACUUCCUGCGAAUGGACAAAUGUGAGGAGGACUUGACAGAGGAGGAUGAGGAGUUCGAUUAUGCUAACGGCCACACAGGGAAAGAACCCGUCGUCCAACCAUGGGAACACCAUACACCUGCUAAGGGGAAAUUCUGGCAAAAAAGAAAUAAAGUCCAGCACUAUGACAGUAAUUGUCCCGAUACUCAACAUUCAAGUAACAUCGUACCACGAUCGUUGCCUCCAUUACUGAUUUUGCCCCCAAUCGUUCAAACCAUUCGGAAGGGAGAUGGCUCACGUCAUCCAACUCCGGAUAUGUUAGAUUCGGACAUCAAUGUCAUUCUUGGUCAACCAAAAUCACCGCCGCCGAUUUUCCCAUUCGACGAUUCCAACUAUGAUCGAUAUGCAGGCCUGCCCAACAGCUUGAAGCCAUUGUUUGUACACCUACCUUCUGAACCAGGCAAUCCGCUUGCUCCACCGACGUACGCGGUCAAGACUGACCACACUGGCCACAUUACCAGCAAUUCUGCCAAUCAGAGGACCCAGUCGAUGGUCAACCUCCGCACUGAGCCAAAUAAUGAAAAUUUCAUAAGACGUUCACUCAUUGACGUUCGGAAUGCCCCUGUUACCAUGGACACAGUUACUCCCCCACCUGCUUACGAAGGUAGGAACACGCCCGAGGAACAAUCACCAUAUGCUGAGGAGAAAGAAGAUGACAAAGAGGGUGAUGAAGGUACAAAUGUGAUCAAUGAAAAUUAAGGAAAACGGAUUAUAGUUUAACAUACUUGCAUUAGACUUAGAACGCAUUAACGUUUCUUAAAAUGUGUAUGUGUAUUUUUUCUCAUAUUAAACAAGGAAAUUGUGUGAUACCAUAAUGUGCACUAGUUCUCAUUUUUAAUCCGUCCAUUUUUAUAUACGCGGAUUUAUGUUAUACGUAUAGUACUGUUUUAUUAGCUUAUAAUUGAUCAUUUGAAUAUUUGUACUUAUAUGCAAACUUAUCUGACUUCUGUACAGGCAUAAUACGUGUGUAUGUAUUUCAUUAUAAUUUUAUUUGUUGGCAUAAUGUCGUAUUUUUAUUAAAAAAUAACAAAAUUAGGUAAAAAAGUUUAAAUAUGAUGAACACUUCUCAAUAAAUAUAUUCCGUCAAUACUAAUACAUGAACGUUUAAAAUGAAUGCUUAAUAAAAAAAAUGUCUCACUAAUCCUUAAUAAGCAAUUUUUACGAACGUGAUUAGAAAGAUAUUGUCAUUAGCAAUUAUCACUUAUGCCAGUUAGUUUUUUUUACAGUUUAUAGAUAAAUAUCAGCGAAUUAAAACUGAUAAUUCACUGUUUCAAACGUUGAAAAUUAACAGUGAAAUAUAUCGAUAAUUUUUAGUGUUUUACUGUGAAAUAACGUCGUUUUCACGACGUUACGGCGUCAUUAUUUAAGCAAAAAUUAAAAAAUCAUUUAUUUACAUAAAAUACAAAAAUAAAAAUUUGUAUUUAGUGGAAUAUCGAAUUUAAUGCACUCUUGGUCAUGGAAAAAAUAUAUUUCUAUGAUCACUCUCUAUACCCUCUUUAUAUCCUGUACAAUAAAUGUUAAUUUUUUUGCGUAAAAUGUAUCAUGAACAUGUUUAAUAUUUCGAUGACUCCUUUUAUUGCCCAUACAUAAAUUUUCGGUUAUCAUCUUAUAUUUGUGUGUACAAGUUUGAGUUUGAUUUGUUUCCUGUUUCUAUAACGUUUCAUAUUUUAAUUAAACCAUUGCAGGUCCAAUGGCUGUAUGCUAUGUUCUUAAAUUAUGUGUUGCAUUUUGUAUUGAUUUAAUUAAGUUUGUUAUGAGUGUUUCAUGAAUAAAUG